AUGAGGCUCCCGCACGCCCCGCUUCACCUCACAGUUUCCUCUCCCAAACAACCAAAGGAUCAACCAAGACCGAGAGAUGGGGGAAUAAACCAUGGUAAAUCUAAACAAUAUCUCACCACGCAUUCCGUGGAUAAUGCACAUAUAACCGACAUUUUCUCUAUCGCGUCAACACCGCGUGCUGUGCUGUCUGUCAGCGGGUCGUCAACUAUUCAUAUUCAUGAUACCACUGACCCCGCAUUCCCUCUCAAGCAAUCCAUCUCAGAUGCCCACAAGCUAGGCUGCCACCACAUCUGUACCUCUCGAAAUGGCCGCGUUGCAGCCAGCGCUGGCUUUGGUGGAGAAGUGAAGAUAUGGAAUCUCACCCAGGAAACUGGCGAAUGGUCUUCAGGAGGUGAAAUUCAAGAAUCAUCAAAUAAGCCUGGCGAAGUCUGGGCCUUGGCCCUUAGUGAUGACGGCACAUAUCUUGCCACUACUACCUACGAUGGGCGAGUCAACGUUUGGAACCUGUCGGGCGAGUCAAAGGCCAAGGUACAGGAGUACGAAACUGGAAGCCCAGGCUCUGGCAGCUUUGGAUUGAGCGUUGAUCUCAGCCGAGAUGGGAAGUUUACUGCCAGUGGGCAUCAAAACGGAUCCGUCUAUAUUUUCAACAAUGAGACAGGCCGGAUUCUUUUCUCCCUUUCUGGUCUUGCCAAACCAGUGCGCUCAGUUGCCUUCUCGCCCGGCAAUACCAGGCUUGCUGCGGCAGGUGAUUCAGGAAUCAUCGCCCUUUACGAUAUGAAGCACGGAGAGCAUGUGGCAAACCUGACAGGCCACACCUCAUGGAUUACCUCUGUGGACUGGAGUGACUCUGGCGAGUUCUUGCUCAGUGGAUCGAUGGAUGGCAAGGUCAAAGUGUGGUCGAUCGAACGAAGUGCAUGCGUCGCUACUCAUAGCGAAACAGACAAGGCACUCUGGACAGCGAAGUGGCUCCCGAAAACGGGCAAGAGCGAGAUGUUCUGCACCGCAGGGGCCAACAGAAGCCUCUCGUCAACGAGCAGCAAUAGAGGCCGCACGGUGCCGAUCAAAGGGCAAUCCACCAUCAGCUUCGCCAACAGGAUCACCAAGAAUGUAGUCAACGACACAAAGAAGGCCAUCAUCUCACCGCCCGUUGCAAAGAUUGAGUCGCCGGGGAAGAGCAAUGUAACUGAAAAGCCAAUUGAGGAUGUCCUGGCGGUUGAACCUGAACUUGAGGCCGAGGUUGAGGAGGAACCAGAGAUUGAAGUCCCAGAAAAGUCCGAGGUCGAACUCAAGGCUGAGAAGAUCACCAAGAAGCAGAUUGAAGCUUACUGGAAGGGAAUUGAGGCAAAACGCAUCGCACCUAGAGUACAUCAGAAAGAUUUGAGCACCGAUGAAAAGGUACUCCGGUAUUUUGAUGUGAGCUCACAGUAUGGGCCUUGCAUUGGCAUUGCUCGCCGUAAGCGAUGGGACCGUGCUGAGAGGCUGGGUCUGAAUCCUCCCGUUGAGGUCUUAGCUGUGCUCGUCGGAGAGAGUCGAGAUGGCGGUGACGUUAUGACUGCCCAACUGGAUGUGAUCUUAAAUCAAACUGCAGAAUCAUGA